GCGAUUCAUAAUUCAACAUGUUCUUUCCUAUCUUUUUCAAUAUCAACUUUAUUUUAUACUUACGUAGUUACAGAUUCCAAGCGGAAAAGUUUUGAAGUGAUUGCUAAAGAAGAUUGCGUUAGGAAACCUAUGACACAAGUUAUUUUGUUCUUGAGUUCAUUGUAUGAAAAAUAAACAAAAGUCCAAUUUGUUUGUAUUAGUAUGCGUUGCUUUUUCACUUAAACAAUGAAAAUUUUAGAGGGGAAAGUGGUUGCUCUAGGUUCACAUGGUGUCGGGAAAACAAGUAUGAUUAUGUGUUAUAUCGAAAAGGCUUUAAAGGAACAUUUUAAUCCAACGAUUGGAGCUUUAUUUUUUACUUGUAAACUAAAUGUGGAAAAUGCAAAAGUAACGCUGCGGGUUUGGGAUACGGCAGGACAAGAAAGGUUCAGAUCAAUGGCACCGAUAUACUACAGAAAUGCUAAUGCAGCUAUGCUGGUCUUUGAUUUAACUCAGUAUAAUACAUUUGCAGCGAUGAAACGAUGGGUGACAGAACUUAGGAGAAAUGUAGAGAAAACUAUGAUAUUGGUGGUUAUCGGAAAUAAAUCAGAUUUAAUAAAAGAACGACAAGUCGAUGCAGAAGAGGGUAGAGUGUACGCAAGUAAAAUUGGUGCAACCUAUUAUGAAACGUCGAUUUUUCAACGUGAGGGUAUUGAAAAUGUAUUUUUGGCUAUUGGUAGAGGUCUUCUUGGAUUACCUAUGACAGAACGCGAUUCAACGCCGAUUAGGGUAUACGAAUCAACGAAUUUAAAUUCGAGCGGUACAGAGAAAUUACGCACACCUAUCCUUGAGGAAAGUGCCCAAAAUUUUAGUAUUGCACAUGGAAUACAAGAAAAACCAUAUGCAUGUUGCUAACCUUCUUUGCCUUAUU